GCCUAAUAGCCCACCACCCCCUUUGGCAAAUUGUUGCAUCGGACUGUUCACUUCACUUUCAUGUUUUGCAUUAAUUUCUAGCUUCUGCUUGCUCUAGAGAGAGAGACAGAGACACCCACACAGAUAUUGACUUUUAGUCGUUUACAGCUAAGCCAAGCCAAGCUCUAUUGUAUUGUUUUUGAGUUUUGGCUUUGGGGGCGUCUCUCUGUUGCCGUUGUUGACCACAGCUGUCCUUUUGAAUAAUUUUUAUUCACACUUUUUUUUUUUUAAUAUAUAUUAUAUAUUGUCCCUCUCUCAGACAAAACCGAUCAAAGAUCUGUUUGGUCUUUCAUUUGGACUUGGUGCUUUCCUCGCAAAUCAAUCAUAUCUUUUGAGUGUUUUGGUUUGCUUUCUUGUCCUCAAGAGUCUUAUAAUUUGGUGGAGAGAAGACUUGUAGAACUGUUGUUUUCUGUAGACUUAUUAAGACUGCCGCUUUUAUCUUAUUCAUCCUCAUUGGGACAAUUUGCCAAACACAAAGGUGGGCUUUUGUUUUUUUGGUCAACCCUGUAUAUGCUUCUUCCUUGGACUUGGAAUGCUUUAUUGUCUCUCUCUUGAAUUAUAAAUCGCUUUUGAUUUGUCUCUGAAAUCCAGCUUUUUUGAGUUGUAUAUCAGUAUUUGAUUACUGGGUGUUUGAUUGAUUUGUGUUAUCUCAAUUCUAUUCCUGGGAUCUUGGGUUGGAAAAGGAUGUCAUUUCAUAUGCAGUAUAUGUAAAUAGCUUUAACUUGUUGGAAUUUGAACUUGAUUCUUGGACCCUUGUGAUUUUUGGGCAACUGGGUUAUCUGAGAGUUAGUUAUUAGUUCUUGCCAUUGAUUCAAUCUGAGAAAAUGAAAGGAAAGGGUGGAACACAAGGAAGUUACUUUGUGUUAAACACAGGAGCUAAAAUUCCAGCCAUUGGACUUGGGACAUGGCAGAGUGACGGAGACCUCUGUGUGCAGGCUGUAAAAACCGCAUUGUCGGUUGGGUACCGUCACAUAGAUUGUGCACAUCUUUAUGGGAAUGAGGUUGAAGUUGGGGAAGCACUCACAAAAGCAUUCAAUGGUUCACUGAAGAGGGAGGAUGUGUUCCUGACUUCUAAGCUGUAUUGUACCAUGAAUUCACUCAAUAAAAUCGACAACUAUGUUAAAGUUUCGCUUAAGAAUCUUGGAGUUUCAUACUUAGAUCUCUAUUUGAUGCAUUGGCCGGAGAGCUCUGCGUUUGGCGAUGCUACCGAUCCUCCUUCGAAGUCGGGGAGUGAGCAUAGGCAGUUUUUGAAUCGGUUGAAGAAAGCAUGGAAAGCCAUGGAAGGUCUUGUUGAGUUGGGUCUGGUUCGAGCUAUUGGAGUCAGCAAUUUCAGCAGUCAGCAGAUCAAAGAAUUGCUUAAAUUUGCAAAAAUUGUGCCUGCAGUCAAUCAGGUGGAGUUGCACCCUUUCUGGAGACAAGAUGAACUUGUGAAGUUCUGUCGAUUGAAAGGUAUCCAUGUAUCUGCUCAUACACCUUUAGGAGUACCCACUUCAUCUCCUGGACCAUUGGACAGUGGAUCAGGUGGUGAAGAUGAACCUGGAACUCCUCGUAUAUCAUUUAGGAGAUCAAGAUCUGUGCAUGGCCCUAUGCUCAAAUUGUCAGUUGUUGCAGAAAUAGCAGAUAGACACAAAAAGACACCAGAACAGGUUAUAUUGCGGUGGGGACUGCAAAGAGAAACCAGUGUCCUACCAUGUAGCUUGAAGCCUGACAGGAUAAACAAAAAUAUAGACAUUUUCAGUUGGUCUCUCUCAGAUGAUGAGUGGAACCGGUUGAACCAGAUUGAACCACAGGUUUGUUUAUUUGGAAAUGGGCCUCUGAUUCUGAAUAAUCCAUCAGACAAUGUCUUUAUGCAUGGAAGUGGUCCACUACAAGCUGUGCGUGAGAUGGAAGAUGACAUGGAGUCCAAUGCCUGAUUAUUCAAUAUUAUUAUUAUUAUUAUUUUUUUCUCCUCAGAUAUUGCGCCAUUUUAUUAUGUUCAAAUUUGUGAUCAUGUUUUGAUAUGUCAUAUGCCCCAUUGUUUGUAAGGUUAUUAUGAUAUUGUGGAUGUAGAAUAGAAAGUCAAAUUCGACAUGAUCAUCCACUUGAAGAAGAAUAAUAAUGUUAGGAUUAUUAUAGAUUUUAUUACCGUUUGAUUUUGACUUUUUAUGUGGUAAUACCAAUUAAAAAUUGUAUUACCCUUUUAUCACAGAUCCAUUUGACUUUAUUAUGUGGUAAUAGCAACAAGAAGCAACUGUAAUAUGUGAUGUUUACUGAUUGUUUUGUUUGCCCCGUGAACUCAAUGGCGUGAUUUUAUGAUAUUGGAUAUUUCUAUGGUA